CUAGGUAUCACCAUCAAGUGAGCAUUGGGAGCUACUCGAUUCCUUAUUGUGUGAUCUCUUGGAAGUCCAUAAUGGUUAAUGUUCCGAAACAGAGACGUACAUUUUGCAAAAAAUGUAAAGUCCACAAGCUUCACAAAGUAACACAGUAUAAAAAGUCUAAGGAAAGGCAUGCUUCUCAAGGAAGAAGGAGAUACGACCGUAAACAGCAAGGUUAUGGUGGUCAAACAAAACCCAUUUUCAGGAAGAAGGCUAAAACCACGAAGAAAAUUGUUUUAAGGAUGGAAUGUACUGAUUGCAAAUAUAGGAAGCAAGUUCCAUUGAAGAGGUGUAAGCAUUUUGAAUUGGGUGGAGACAAGAAGCGCAAGG